GUCGCAUUUCCUCGUUUCCUGGACUUUCUGCUAACGCGGUGUUCCGGAUAACGUGACCGUGGCUGCGCAUUGAUGCUGGGUGGCUGCAGCCACCAGGUCGACGCAGCCUGAGUGCGCUGCUACAUACUGUCACGCCAUCUCCUGCUUGACCAGCACCUCUUCACCCCUCGUAUCGAAUAAAUCGAAGUCUUAUGUGGAAUGACUACCCCGGAAACCAGCGCGGAUACCCUCCGCCACCGAGCGAAGGCGAUUCCAUGAGGUUCCCUUCCCCAGGUAUGCCUCAAGCGUCGCGAGGUUACGAACCGGGUUAUGCACCGUCGUACGGAUCGCCGGGCUACGCGCCCCCGCCAGGGCCGCCACCCGUCCAAAGGGAUCCGUGGGGACCGCCUCCUGGCCCUCCACCCAGCCACCACCACCAUCACCAUCACCACCAAGGUAGCGGGUACGCUCCCCCUCCUGGCCCACCACCGUCUAUUCCUCCGAGACCAUCACCAGGCGGCUACGCGCCGCCGCCAGGCCCGCCAAUCUCUGGGUAUGGCUCGCCGUCGCCUGGUCUUGGACGACAGUAUGCGCCUCCCUCAGGCGCGCCGCCCGGUCAGUAUGGCUCUUCAGACCCGUACUCAGUCGGGCCUCCGCCGCGCCCUCCCGCAGGUCAGCAGCACUAUGGACCGACGAUGGACACACCCGGCGGGCAGCAGCAGAUGCAACCAUACUUCCAAUAUUCUCAAUGUACUGGAAAGAAGAAGGCGCUCUGCAUUGGGAUUAACUACAUCGGGACCUCCCAGGAACUGAAGGGAUGCAUCAACGAUGCAAACAACAUGCGUCGUUUCCUCAUCCAAGAAUAUGGAUACCAAGAUGAUGAUAUUGUCAUGCUGACUGACGACCAAAUGGAACCGAGGUCCAUUCCUACGCGGAUAAACAUGAUCCAUGCCUUCCAAUGGCUCGUGAGAGAUGCCCGACCGAACGAUUCGCUCUUCCUGCAUUACUCCGGACAUGGCGGUCUCACGAAAGACCUGGAUGGUGACGAAGAGAGUGGCUACGACGAGGUGAUCUACCCUGUGGACUUCCAAGCGAAUGGCCAGAUCGUAGACGAUGAGUUGCACGACCUCCUCGUGAAGCCUCUUCCGCAGGGAUGUCGUCUCACGGCUAUUUUCGACUCCUGUCACUCCGGCUCUGUUAUGGACCUUCCAUACAUGUACUCUCACGAAGGAAAGAUCAAGGAACCCAAUUUGGCAGCAGAAGCCGCGCAAGGCCUCCUUGGGGCCGUCAGCUCUUAUGCUCGGGGUGAUAUUGGUGGCAUGCUCGGCUCUGUAUCGGGCAUCUUCAAGGGUGUGACAGGCUCAAACCAAGGCGCGCGCGAGAGAACACGUCAGACGAAGACAAGCCCCGCCGAUGUGAUCUGCUGGGGCGGCUGCAAGGACCAGCAGACCAGCGCGGAUACGUUCGAAGGCGGGCAGGCGACGGGAGCCAUGAGUUACGCUUUCAUGACCGUCCUCCGGCAAAACAAGCAGCUAAGCUACCAGCAGCUGCUCGUGAAUGUUCGGGGGAUCCUCUAUAGCAAGUACAGCCAGAAGCCGCAGCUCUCGAGUUCUCAUCCGAUCGAAACGAAUUUGUUGUUCAUCUGUUGAGGCGUCGGACAGACGUGUAUAGCUCAG